AUGACGAACUCCAUAUCCAUUAUUUGUUUCUUUAAUGGGAGCCUCGGCGUCGGAGUGAAUAAUUUGCCGGUGUAUGAUGGAGGUUCUCGGAAAAUGUUCAUGCUAUCUAAGUCGUGUAAUUUUGAUGGAAUGACUAGGGAAAUACACAGAGUUACUAAAAUUAAGAAAGAAGAAUAUACAAUUAGGGUGUUCUUCAACUGUCCGAUAAAUGAGAGUAGAACUAUUGCCGUGGAGAUUACCGAAGAUGAGGAAUUGAAUGACAUGAAACAAUUAGUCGAGAAGCAAGCGUCAAUUGAGUUGUUUAUUGAGAAGUAUCCGAUUCAGGAAUUUGCCCAAGUUUCACGACCUCAAGGAGAGUUUUCUCGGAUGCUUGACUUAGACAACGAGUCGAUUGGUUUUAUGACAUCUCCAAGUCAAGAGCCAUGGUCUCAACCACAACAUUUAAGUGAGUAUUCUAUCGGUGGGACGUCAACUAAUAUAUUUAACGACGCUUCAGGUCAUGUUACGGGUUACCCACCAGUCGGAGCAAUUAUAGAAGAUGAAGCAGAUGAUGAUUCAGAUCAUUUUGAAGAAGAUGGCGUGCAAAUUGAUAGCAUGCAUGUGGCAGCUGGAAUAGAUGAUGACGCCCGUUGGAUGGAGCAAUUUAACGUUAACAAUGAUUAUGUGGAAGCUGAAGAUCCGUUGCCCGACGAGUUUCAUAAUGAGGAUUGGAUAAAUACUUCUCAAGCUGGAUUUGUUGAUGUUGGGCCAAAUUUACAACGACCUGAGGACUUCACUUUUAAAAAAGGGGAUCUAUUCGAGAGCAAGGAGGCACUGAUCUUUGCAAUCCGAGAAUGGUCCAUCAAGAAUCGGGUCAAAUUCAAGCCGGUAAAAACUAAUGCAACAAACUACAAUGUGAAAUGCUUCUUUAACGAUAAGAAUGAAGUAGAGAACGCAAAUGAGCAAGAUGAGAGAAAUAAAAAAUGUCCUUGGUUGCUAAAUGCCGCUGUGAGAAAAUCAUCAAAUGGGCAAUUUGUAAUAUGUAGAUAUUGCGGACUUCAUACAUGUUGCAACCCGUCGGUGGAUGUCGAUGAUUAUUCUGCAUCUUCUUCUUAUAUAUGUAAGCUAAUUAUGCCUGAAGUUAGAGCUGAACUUGAUCUGAAUGCAGGUCAGAUAUUUCAGAAGGUAUAUGACAUGCGGGGGAUUAAGAUAUCUAAAUAUAAGGCAUAUGAUGCAAGGAGGAAAGCGUUGUCUAAAAUUUUUGGAGAUUGGGAAAAAUCAUAUGAAUUACUUCCACGGUAUCUUAAAGCUAUCAAACGAAAUAAUCCGGGUACUGAAUACGAAAUAUUAUCCGAAGAGAUUGCACCGGGUAUGGAGAGGUUCACUCGCGUGUUUUGGGCAUUUGGUCCUGCUAUUAAGGGCUUCACUUUUUGUCGUCCGCUAUUGAGCAUUGAUGGUACACAUUUAUAUGGAAAGUACAAAGGCGUGCUUCUUGUAGCGACCGGUGUAGAUGCAAAUGGCGGGUUAUUUCCUCUAGCAUUUGCAGUCGUGGAGGUGGAGGAUACGUCUAGUUGGAAGUGGUUUUUUGAACUUAUAUACAAGUGGAUUCCAAGUGUCCGUGCGCCAAGAAUAAUUACCUUUAUUUCGGAUAGGAUGAAAGGAAUUAUAAGGGCGUUACAUGAGGGUUUUAGUGCACCACAUCACCAUCAAUAUUGUUUAAGGCAUAUAAGAGAUAAUUUCAAGAAAAAACACGGUGAGAUUAAUUUGCAAAAUCUUUUGUGA